UUUCUGUGCCACAACCCUACAUUUUACUGACUGAUUUUAAGAAUUCACAAUGUCAAGAAGAUAUGACAGCCGCACAACUAUCUUCUCUCCAGAAGGUCGUUUAUAUCAGGUUGAAUAUGCAAUGGAAGCUAUCGGAAAUGCAGGGAGUGCAAUAGGUAUCUUAGCUAAAGAUGGUGUGGUGUUGGUAGGUGAAAAGAAGGUCACUUCAAAGCUUCUCCAGACUUCCACAUCCACUGAGAAGAUGUACAAGAUUGACGACCAUGUUGCCUGUGCUGUGGCUGGAAUUAUGUCAGAUGCCAACAUCCUCAUUAACACUGCUAGGGUUCAAGCUCAAUGCUAUACUUUUGCUUAUCAAGAACCAAUGCCUGUUGAACAACUAGUUCAGUCUCUGUGCGACACCAAGCAAGGCUACACACAGUUUGGUGGGCUUCGUCCAUUUGGUGUUUCCUUUCUUUUCGCAGGCUGGGACAAGAACUAUGGGUUUCAACUGUACAUGAGUGAUCCAAGCGGCAAUUAUGGUGGUUGGAAAGCUGCAGCAAUUGGGGCCAACAAUCCAGCACUGUCAAUGUUGAAGCAGGAUUACAAGGAUGGCAUGACAAGAGAGGAAGCUGUUCAACUUGUUCUUAAGGUGCUUAGUAAGACUAUGGAUAGCACUAGUCUUACCUCAGACAAGCUUGAACUGGCAGAGGUAUUCCAUACCAAUGGUAAAGUCAAAUACAAAGUGCACUCACCGGAAUCUGUAAACAAGUUGCUCACACAGUAUGGAUUGACUCAACCUGCUCCAGACGCCGCCCAGAACACUUUCUGACUUUGGGCAUGUUUCAGCUUAUCUGAUUACCGGAUAAGCUGUUAACCAACUUGUCCAUAAAUUCAUGCCUAGAUAUUUUCUGUUUUUAUUUGACUUCCUUAGAUGGCAAAGUCUGUUGAAACCUGCCUUGUGCUAAAGAGAAAUUGGAAAUACAUUUGGGUACCUUUUGGUGCUCAAGUAAUGUGUGUGGUGCAGUAUCCUACAUGCUUGUUAAGCUUGAUAAUGAAAUUCCCACCCAAUGCUGUGUUAUUUUUCUCC